AUGCAUCUCAUCACCCCACCAUGCAAGAAAACCCUCCUCCUCCUCCUCAGUCUCCUCCUCCAUCUCCACCCCACAAACUCCGAGAUCGAAACCUUCCACCUCCACUCCGACACCCGCCCCUUCAUCCUCCUCCAAGACUUCGGCUUCACCUCCCCCGGCUUCAUCUCCAUCUCCGUCUCCUCCAUCUCCAUAUCCUCCUACCCCACCCCCACCCCCGCCCUCCUCUCCUCCAUCGGCUGCUACUACGCCCCCUCCCCCGCCCGCCCCGCCCUCGAGCAAGCCCUCCUCCAACACACCUGCAUAACCUCCGACCCCUUCGUCUUCCCCAUCUUCACCCUCAACGACCCACUCAAACACUUCAACCAAACCAUCCUCAUCUCCAUCCCCGAUCUAUACUUCAUCUUCUUCCUCAACUGCGCCCACAACUCCUCCAUCUCAAUGACCCUAAAUCUCGAAACCUACAACGUUAAACCUAACGGCGAUCUUGAUUUCAUUGAUGACCAAUUCGCCAAUCUUCCCAACACCCUUUUCCUCUUCUCCUUCAUCUAUCUCUCCUUCCUCCUCGCUUGGUCUUAUUACUGCAACAAAAACAAACAAUUCGUGAGAAAAAUCCAUGAAGUUAUGGCCCUUUUGCUUUUCUUUAGGGUUUUUGAGCUCCUUUUCCAUGCCUGCAGCCAGCACCGGAUCAGCCAGAUCGGAUCUCCCCACUUGUGGAAAAGCUUGUGGCUUUUCAUUUAUUUUAUUAGAAAUGUUUUGUUUAUACAUGUGAUCAUGCUAAUUCGGGCUGGAUGGUCACUUUUUAGGCCUAAUUUGCAAAAUUUGCAAAUCAGGGCUAUUUUUGUAACUGCCGGGCUUCAAUUUGUUGCAAGUACUUGCUUUGUUUUGAGUAAUGGACUAGGCACCUCGAGCAGCAGCUAUGGGUUAUGGACAGUGACGUACUACGCCGUGGACUUCAUAUGCUGUGUCAUCAUGACUUUGCCGGUGAGUCCGUCUAUCGACAACGUGGUGGUGAGUGCAAAGAUCGAGGAGAAGGAGGAGAAGAAGUGGGUGUACAAGAGGGCUUAUGAGAGCUUUGCAUUGGCUCUUUAUAUCUAUGUUGGGUUUACUAGGCUUGGGAUGUUCUUGAUUAGGUCUAUCACGAGUUAUAAUAUGUGGGGUUUGAGCAUUGCUUUGGAGUUGACGAUUGAGCUUAUAUUUUAUGGUGUUGUGUAUUCGAUGUUUUGGCCCAGUGAGAGGUAUGACUAUGUUGUUCUUGAGGAUAGGGAGGAGGAUCAUUGUGGUAAUGGUAGUUUGGCUGAUUUGAGGUUGUUGGAGUUUUGA